AUGACUAGCAUUCUUGAAGAAACGCUCAAACAUUAUUUACCACAAGAUCAUAAAUUUGAGAUCUUACAUUUGCAAAACAGGCCUACACAAGUGCGUUCAAUUGUAACAUCAUCGAAGAAAGAUCGUAAUAUAGGGUCAAACAGUGUGACUAUAAAGACCCCUCAUUUUUUUGCAUUAGCUAACAAUAACAAAAUCAUUUAUGGUAUUGAAAUUCAUGUAUACGUUAUAUUAAAGAACAAUAAUAGCAGUGAAACUGGUGCUAACUUGUCGUACAAUGACGCUGAGAGGUUAAUAUUUAUAUCAAAAGCAGAUACUAAUGGUUAUAGUGAUGUAAAAUUUAGUGCGAAACAAAUUACAAAGGGGAUUAUCCAUUAUUUAUUUUCGAUUGAUCCAAAUCAUUAUUUAGAACACGUUAUACCACUGGAAAGGAAAUAUAAACAAUCCUUUUCAAAAAUAAUUAUUACAAGGGAAACUAGUUUAGAGAACGCAUUACAGAUUUUAUCAGAUCGGGCACAACAGAAAGAAAUAUCACAAGAAAUAAGAUCGAAUUUGUUACGAUCUCAUCAACAUUAUCUCUCUUUUAAGCUUCCCAAUAAGAUAAGAACUAAGCUUUGCCUAUUCACAAGGCCUGCAGAUCAAUAUCUAUUUGCAGAAUCCUCCAAGAACCCAAAUAAGCACACUUUAAGUGGAAUGGGUCUGUUGAAAUGGUGGCUCUCAAUCGUUGACGAAUUAUUAUGUGAAGAUUUCUCUGCAGAGAGUGAAGGGAAGUUAAGAAUACCUGGUGAAGAAUCGGUCAUCGUAAGAAGGUACCUUAGAACUAAUAAAUUUGCUAACUGGGGUGUGGGUGACAUUUUCGGAGGUGAACCAAAUUCUUUAGCUAUCUUCAGUGUGCCACUUUUCUCAGAUGACCCUAAAUCGAGAUUUUUACAUGAACUUGUAGAAGAAGCCCGAGUUUUGAAGACAAACUUAGAAACAUUUUGGAUGGAACUACAGGAGAGGCAAGAGUUUAAAUUAAGUGAAACAGUAUCAGUUAUAGGUAUUUCUGGGUACACUACUAUUUCAACCGAAGUUCUUCCAACUGAAAGGGAAACUAUCAUUACGAACUCUAAGAAACAAUAUCGAUACAUUAAAAAUUAUAUUACUGGUGAGGAAUACCAUACAGAGGAAGGUGCACUGGAGUCAUACACAAAUAUCGUAGAUUAUUUGAACUAUAAAUAUAAAAAAUUACUUACACCCGUUGUAGGUACAAUGCCUAAGAAAUUAAAGGUGAAGGAACCAGUGAAUACUCCAAAAAUUAGUAUUUUAAAACCACGGAAGAAAAUUAAAAUAUGA